AUGGCGGCCAACACCAGCUACAGCCUGUCUAGCAUUUCCGCUCUCACCGACAGCGACAAGAAGCGCCUGAUUGCCGCCCUUCUCUGCCACAAAGAUCGCAACAACGUCGACUGGGAUGCUGCGACAGCUCUCGUUGGCGCCAAGACUAAGCACUCCUUCAAAGUCACGUAUUACGCUGCGAUGAAGAAACUGGCUAACGGCGCUGCCGAUGGUGGCGGCAGCACCAGCGAGACCACCACGCCGAAGCGCAAGCGUACUGCUGACGCUGAGGAUAAGCCGACUCCGAAGAGGAGUGGAAGGGCCAGCAAGGCUAUCAAGACCGAGGCGGAAGAGCCUGAGCCGCGGCUUGGACCGGUCGUCAAAGCUGAGGAUGCUGCUCCUGAAGAGGAACCGGAGCUUGACCCCGGAUCCUUCUUCGCCACUGAGGAGAUCUAG